AUGGCCUCCUUUUCCUCCUCCUCCUCCUCCUCCUCCUCCUCCUCCUUCGACAAACCACACAACGACAAGGACACCCUAGAGCCCAUCGCCAUUGUAGGUCUAUCACUGCGGUUCCCGGCCGGAGCCACUGAUCUAGAUCGCUUCUUCGAUCUGAUCACGAACGCCCGGUGUGUGUCGCAAGAAUUCCCCCCGGACCGUCUAGAUGUCACGGGCGCCUACUGGCCCAAGGCCGCCUCCUCGUCCCCGACGGUGAAGGGCGGGCAUUUCCUCUCCGAGGACAUUACAGCCUUUGAUGCUCCCUUCUUCGGCAUCUCCGCCGUGGAGGCCGCCUCCAUGGACCCGCAACAGCGACUGCUGCUCGAGACCAGUUAUGUCGCCUUGGAGAAUGCGGGAAUCCCGAUUCCGAGGAUCGCCGGCUCCAACACCUCCGUGUAUGUCGGCUGCUUCACCGACGACUACAAGGAACUCUAUCGGAAAGAUGUGCGCGACAGCGCGCCGUACGCGGCCACGGGGAUCACCACGACGCUGAACGCGAACCGGGUCAGCUGGUUCUACAACUUCAUGGGACCGAGUAUCAACGUGGACACCGCCUGCUCCAGCAGCCUGGUCGCGCUGGACCUGGCCUGCCAGGCGCUGCGGACGGGGCAGACUGACAUGUGCCUGGCCGGGGGUGCCAAUCUGAUCCUGGCCCCGGAUCUGUUCCACAUCCUCUCCGAAAUGAGCAUGCUGUCCCCGGACAGCCGAAGCUACAGCUUCGAUGCCCGCGGCAACGGAUACGGCCGCGGGGAAGGCGUGGCCAUGCUGGUCCUGAAGCGGCUGAGUUGCGCGGUGCGCGAUGGCGACACCAUUCGCGCCGUGGUGCGCGCCACCGCGUGCAACCAGAACGGGUACACCCCGGGCAUCACCCAGCCCAGCAAGAGCGCCCAGGAGGCUCUGAUCAAUGACUGCUACGCGCGCGCCGGGCUGGAUAAGGCCCGCACGCUGUAUGUGGAGGCCCAUGGCACGGGCACCCCCGCUGGCGAUCCUAUUGAGGCAGAGGCGCUCGGCGCGAGCUUCAGAGAUAGUCGGCGUACGGAUGAGAGGCUUUUUGUCGGCUCCGUCAAAGCCAAUAUCGGCCAUUUGGAAGGAUCCAGCGGCAUCGCGGGGGUGAUCAAGGCCAUUGCCAUGCUUGAGCGAGGGUGGAUCCCCGCGAUCGCCGAUUUACAGAACGUCAAUUCCAUGAUCGACGAGGCUCAGCUGCGACUUCAGUUCCUCCGGUCCGGAAUCCCUUGGCCUCGUCCCGGCCUCCGACGAAUUUCCGUCAAUUCCUUCGGGUUUGGAGGCUCCAAUGCCCACGCGGUGCUGGAUGAUGCAUAUCACUUCCUCCUCGAGCACCAGCUGGACGGCGUGGCAUAUCGACCGCGCACGAUGGAUCCCUCCUCCGCCCCGCCGCAGGCCAUUGUCCCCGUCCACGUCUUGCGCGACCAAUCCCAAUCCCGCGGAGAGUUGUCGGUGGUAAUGCCGCACUCGAAGCGAGUCCGGUUGCUGCCGCUGUCGUCGUCGGACAAAGCAGGCAUCACGCGCACUGUCACCAGCCUGACCGAGUAUUUCCGGUCCCGCAGCGGGGGCGCGACGACGACUGCCCCGUCCGCCGAAUUCUCCGAGGCGCUGGCCUACACGCUCGCCCACCGCCGGACCUGGCUCCCCUGGCGAGCGUGCGCGGUCGUGCCCUCAGACGUGCCGCUGCAGGAGCUUGGGACGAUGGUGUCGCCGGCGGUGAAGUCGCCGACGACGCCGCCCAAGAUCGCGUUCGUCUUCACCGGGCAGGGCGCGCAGUGGGCGCAGAUGGGCGCCGAUCUUGCGGAGGCGAGUCGGAUCGACGAGCCGCGCAUCAGCCAGGUGCUUUGCACUGUAGUUCAAGUCGCGUUGGUGGAUUUGCUGCGCAGCUUUGAUGUCACGUGCAGCGUCGUGAUUGGACACUCGUCGGGAGAGAUUGCUGCUGCAUACUGCUGUGGCGCCAUCUCCGCGCGCAGCGCUUGGAAGAUCGCCUAUUUGCGGGGCUCGCUGGUGUCCGCGAAACUGCGCGAUGCAUCGACCAUUCCCGGCGCGAUGCUGGCCGUGGGACUCUCCCCGGCCGACGCGGCCCCGUACUUGGCCCGGUCGCAGAGUGUCAGCAUCGCGUGCUUCAACAGUCCGACCAACGUGACGCUGUCCGGGGAUGAGGCCGCCAUUGACGCCCUCAAGGUCGUCCUCGACGCCGCGGGGAUCUUCGCCCGCAAGCUGCGGACCGGGGUCGCCUACCACUCCCACCACUUGCACUCGGUGGCGGAUGCGUACGCGGAGGCCAUUGGCGAGGUUGAGCCCGGGGAGGAGUACAGUAGCAGCAACAGCAGUAGCAGCAGGGUCAUCAUGGUCUCGACCGUCUCGGGCCAGCGGGUCCCCGCCCAGACGUUGCGCGAGGGCAGCUACUGGGCGAGCAACCUGGUGCGGCCCGUUCGCUUCGUCCAGGCCUUCCAGAGUCUGCUGAGCAAGCGAGGGGUCGUCAAGAAGCUGGACGGCAGCCACCGGCUCCUGAUGGACAUCACCUCCUGUCUGGAGAUCGGUCCCCACGGGGCCCUGCGCGGUCCCAUCCAGGAGAUUCUCCAGGCGCAGGACCAGACAAUGAGCUACUUGGCUCCGCUGCAGCGAGGCCAGGCCGGGGUGAACUCUCUCCUCCGGGCAGUGGGCCAUCUGUGGUGCUUGGGGUUGCCGAUUGAUUGGACCCGAGUGAACCACGAAUCUUCCAAUCGGAGACAGGAGGAGGAGGAAGAAGAAGAAGGAAGGGCGAUGCCGCCUUCUGCACUGGUCUCGCUGGCCGACCUGCCCCCAUACGCCUGGGAUCACUCCCGGAGCUACUUCCAUGAAAGUCGGACGAGCCGCAACCAUCGGCUCCGCAACAAGCCGCGGUCGAAGUUGCUUGGCGAGGCCGCGGUGGACUGGAACCCGCUGGACGCGCGCUGGGGCAACUUCCUCAAACGCUCCGAACAUCCGUGGAUUGAAGACCAUCGCAUCAAUGGCACCGUCCUCUUCCCGGCCGCCGGCAUGAUGGCGAUGGCCGUCGAGGCCAUGCAGCAGCAGGUGCAUCAGGUGCAGCAACAGGGACCGCACCUCGCCGACGACCGAGCGAUCCUCGGCUAUGAGCUCCGCGAUAUCAGCCUCAGCACCGCGCUGGUCAUUCCCGACCACGAGCGGGGCGUGGAGGUGCAAUUCUCCCUGCGCCGUCAACCGGGUGGAGGGGCCCCUGGCGGCGGCGGCGGGCGAGACCACCGCGGCUGGUGGUCGGAUUUCCGGCUGUGCGCGUACCUCGAGGGGGGCGAGUGGGAGGAGAUCUGCAGCGGUGCUAUCCGCGUCGAUUUCGGCGUCGCCCCGUCCGGGAUUGGCACCCAGCGCGCCGCGGAGGCCCGGCUCCAGAGCCUGCAGGAGCGGCACGCGGCGCUUGAGGGUGAGGGGGUGGGCUCCUCCAGGAGGCUGGAGAUGCCGGCCUUCUAUGAGCGGCUCGCUCAGUACGGCCUGGAAUUCGGGCCGACCUUCCGCACCCUGGUCGAGGCGCAGUGGGCCGGGGGCGCGGCGUGUCGCGCCGUCGUCGGGGUGCAUUCGUCUCGGGACGAGGAUGAGGCGCGGUAUGUGGUGCAUCCCUGCACGCUCGACGCGUUGCUGCACAUGCCGAUGGUGGCGCUGACGCAGGACCCGGCGCGCGGAGUCUCCACGGCCAUUCCGUCGAGGAUUCGUCGGGUUUGGAUUGCCGCUUCGGGGCUGGGCUCGUCGUCGUCGUCGUCGUCGUCGUCCUUGUCCUCCUCGCAGACAGAGUCCAAAAACACGCUGGACGCCGUUGCGGAGAUCGUGGCCACCGACCGUCGUGGGUGUGAAGUGCAAGCCCAUGCCUUGAGUCAUGAUCGGGGUCGUCUGUUGGCGGAGCUGGAAGGGGUUCGGCUGACGAUCGUCGAUGACAUGGCUCAGCGGUUGACUGAGGACGACCAGGGUGAGCAGGACCGGGCCUGGAACCUGGUCUGGAAGCCCGAUCUGGACCUCAUGACGGGGCCCCAGCUGGCUCAGUGGUGUAGCAGCAGCAUUUCAACAUUGCAUGAGGGCUCCAACGCUCGGAACGCGGAUCCCGCGGCCUUCUAUCGCGAUUUGGCCUUUCUUCAUUACUCCAUGCUGUCUCAGAUCACAUCAUCAUCAUCAUCAUCAUCAUCAGUGGUGACCGCUCCGAAACCCCACUUGGGGAAAUACAUGGACUGGGCUCGGAGCCAGGUCCGGCGAGUCGAGACUGGCGACACGCCGCAUUGGGAGGCGUGCUGGCCGACCUUGGCGGGGGACCUCGAGUACCGUAACGCCCUGAUGGACCAGCUCGAGCAGGUCAACGCGGAAGGUCGAGUCCAUGUGGCCGUCGCCCGGCAUCUGGAACAGAUGGUGGUCGGGCAAGUCGACCCCUUAGAGCUGCUGUUCGGGUCGUCGUUGUUGGAUUCUCUCUAUGCUGAACUGAGCGGCAGUGAGACCGCAAGCUUUGCCCAGCUGGACCAAUACCUCCAGCUGUACUCGCACAAGCAUCCCAACGCCCGCUACCUGGAGAUCGGAGCCGGCACCGGGGGCACCACCGCCGCCGUGCUGCGCUCGCUGGGGGGGCCAACAGAGCAACACGAUGACACCGGCCCGCUGUAUCGCGAGUACACGUACUCGGACAUCUCGGAGGCCUUCUUCGACGCCGCCAAGACCCGCUUCGAGAAGUACCCCAACCUGCUCUUCCGGCGGCUGGAUAUCGAAGAUGCCGACAUGGCGAGCCAGGGAUAUACCCCGGCCUCCUACGACGUCGUGGUCGCGGCCAAUGUGCUGCACGCCACCACAGACCUCCGGGCCACGCUGCAGAGGGUGCGCGACUUGCUCCGUCCCGGCGGCAAGUUAAUCCUCUUCGAGAUCACCGCCCCGGCCCUGGGCCGGAGUGGCUUCAUCAUGGGCCUCUUGCCGGGCUGGUGGCUCAGCUCCGAGCCCGAACGCCGCGAGGGGCCGUGUGUGUCCCGAUCCACAUGGGAUACUCUCCUCCACGAGACGGGCUUCACCGGCGUUGAGCAAGAAUUCCGCGAUUCUGCCAGCGACGCCUGCCAUGAACUCAGCGUCCUCGUCAGCAGCCGGCAGGCCCCGCUCGACGUCGAUAACGGCGGAGCUGCCCCCCUGCUCCGCGAGCUCGGUGCUGGUGCUGGUGCCGGUGCCGGUGCUGCGCUGCCGUUGGUGCAUAUCGCGUCUCAUCCGACGCACACUUCCCACGAGCAAGCGCAAGGUGCUGCUCCCGCCGCCAUUGCCAUCCAGAAGUACCUGCAUCGGCUGGGAGUCCCCAGCCAGAUCACCCCAAUGGACCAGGUGGCUCCCGACACGAGCCUCACCAUCGUGACCGUCGAUUGGGAGCUGGAUCGACCGUUCCUGCGCAACAUGACCCCGGCGGACUUUUCCGCGCUCCAGCGGGUCAUCCGGCACAGUCGGAAUCUGGUCUGGGUCAGUCAUACGGUGGAUGAUGGCUCCUCAGAUCCGGCAUAUAACAUGGUCACGGGGCUGGCGCGGGUCAUCCAUGCCGAAGAGGAAGGGCAUCGGUUUCUGCGCCUCGGGUUGACAAGAGAGCAAACCACCACCACCACCACCACCACCAAGACUCUCUCCGAGGUGCAACUCCAGGCACUACUAAAAACUGUCCAACAGCUACUCGACGACACCUCGGAGACAUUCGAGAUGGAGUACGAGCAGCGCGCAGAAGGCGGCGGCCUGUUCCACAUCGCCCGCCUCCAGCAAGACCGACCCUGUCAGGAAGCCAUGCAUCACACCCUCCACCCGGAGACCUCCGAGGACCGGGCGUGGCAGGAGGCGCCUGGCCCGCUGAAACUCACGACGCAGACCCCGGGGCUCCUGGAGUCGCUGCGGUUCGUGUCAGACGAGGACCGCGACGCGGUGCCGCUGGCGGCGGACGAGGUCGAGAUCCUGGUCCACGCGGUGGGCUUGAACUUCAAGGACUGCCUGAUCGCGCUGGGCCGCGUGCCCGCCGACACCCUGGGCAACGAGUGCGCGGGCGUCGUGACGCGCGUGGGCGCGGCCUGCUCGCCCGACAAGGUGCAGGUCGGGGACCGCGUCUGCAUGUCGACGGUGGAGGCGUUCAAGACCUACGCCCGCAGCAAGGUGCAGUGCGUGUGUCGGCUGCCGGCGGCGAUGAGCUUCACGACCGCGGCGGCCAUCCCGACCCAGUUCGUCACGGCCUGGACGAGCCUGGUGCAGAUCGGGCAUCUGACCCGCGGCGAGAGCGUGCUGAUCCACGCCGGUGCCGGCGGCACCGGCCAGGCCGCCAUCCAGAUCAGCCAGCACCUCGGGGCGCAGGUCUACGUGACGGUGAGCUCGGAGGCCAAGCGCGAUCUCCUGAUGCGCACGUACGCCAUCCCCGAGCACCACAUCUUCUACAGCCGCGACGUGGGCUUCGUGCAGGGCGUCCAGACGGCCACGGCCGGCCGCGGCGUGGAUCUGGUCCUCAACUCCUUGUCCGGCGAGAGUCUGCUGGCCUCGUGGGACUGCCUGGCGCCGUACGGCCGCUUCGUCGAAAUCGGCAAGCGGGAUAUCCUGGACAACGCCCGCCUCCCCAUGCUCCCCUUCAACCGCGGCGUCAGCUUCUCGGCCUUCGACGGCUCGACCUGGAUGCUCGAGCGGCCGGAGCAGGCUGAGCGCGGCAUCCACACCAUCAUGGCGCUCUUCGAGCAAGGCGUGUUCCAGCCCGCCCACCCGUUGCGCGUCCGGCCGCUGGAUGAGGUGCACUCGGCCUUUGCAGCCCUCGCCGACGGCAAGACCAGCGGCAAGACCGUGAUCGAGAUCACCCCGGCCGCGGUGGUGCCCAUGACCAUCCGGACCAACCCCACAGCGACCCCGGGCUUCCGGGACGAGGCCACGUACGUGCUGGCCGGGGGGUUCGGCGGCAUCGGCCGCAGUAUUGCACGGUGGAUGGCCGAGCGCGGCGCGCGCCACCUCCUCAUUCUCUCGCGCUCGGGACCGCACCAGAACCCCGAGGCGCGCCAGCUGGUGGCCGAGCUGGAGCAGGCGGGCGUGCAGGUGUGCGCCCCGGUCUGCGAUCUGGCCGACGGGGGCCGGGUGGCGCGCGUGCUGGCGGAGGCGUGCGCCACGAUGCCGCCGAUCCGCGGCUGCAUCCAGGCGUCGAUGGUGCUGCAGGAUACGCUGCACGCGGACAUGACCCACGCGCAGUGGGUGGCGGCCGUGCAGCCCAAGGUCGAUGGAUCGUGGAACCUGCACGCCGGCCUCGAGCGCCAACCCCUGGACUUCUUCGUCUGCCUGUCCUCCGUCUCCGGCGUCGCCGGCCAGCGCGGCCAGUCCAACUACGCCGCCGGCAACACCUUCCAGGACAGCUUGGCGCGGUACCGCGUGGCGCGUGGCCUGCCGGCCGUGAGCCUCGACCUGGGCGCCAUGGUCGACGACGGCUUCCUGGCCCAGAACCAGACCAUCCGCGACCGGCUGCUGGGCGGCGGAUCGAUGGUCCCGAUCACGCGCGACAAGUUCCUCGCCCUGCUGGAAUACUACUGCUGCUGCUGCUGGAGCCGCCAGCCAUGCCGUCCGCUGGUCGAGGAUGCCAGUGACGACGACGACGGGGUGGUCGUCGUGACGGCGCCAGAUCCCACAGCGUUGCCGCUGACGCUGGCCAACUGCCAGACGAUCUUCGGCAUCAACACCCCGCAGGCCAUGCAGGCCCGCGGGCUGGACGAGCCCGCCUGGAUGCAGCGGCCCCUAUUCGGCUUCCUCCACCGCGUCCCAUCGUCGUCCUCCCACCACCACCACCACCAGCGCAGCACGAACGACGGCCGCCCCCGCGACUUCCGCGCCGAGCUGGGCCAGGCCGCCUCUCUAGACGAGGCGACGCAGCUCAUCGCGCGCGCCCUCAUCGCCAAGCUUGUGCGCAGUCUCUCCGGGCUGGCGGAGGAGGAGGUCGACCCCGGCAGCCCGAUCGUCAGCUGCGGGGUCGACUCGCUCCUCGCGGUGGAGAUCCGGAGCUGGUUCGCCAAGGUCUUCCAGGCCGAGGUCUCGACGUUCGAGAUCCUGGGCGGCAUGAGCUUUGACCGCGUGGGCCGGUUGGUGGCCAUUCGGAGUCUGGUGAAGAAGGGGUGGGUUGGAUAG